AUGUCCAAUAAAGCAGGUGGAAAACGCCCGGCUAUCACCAACAGUGACGUAUCCAAGCACAACAUGGUGUCCGAGGUCCCCGCCGAGCGGCCCAGCGUCCGGGCCACCCGAACGUCCCGCAAGGCCAUCGCCUUUGGGAAGCGCUCACACUCCAUGAAGCGUAAUCUCUCUGCUCCUGUCACCAAGGCAGGCUGGCUCUUCAAACAGGCCAGCUCCGGGGUUAAGCAGUGGAACAAGCGCUGGUUCGUCCUGGUGGAUCGCUGCCUCUUCUACUAUAAAGAUGAGAAGGAGGAGAGCAUCCUGGGUAGCAUCCCCCUCCUGAGCUUCCGCGUGGCCGCCGUGCAGCCGUCGGACAACAUCAGCCGAAAACACACAUUUAAGGCUGAGCACGCCGGGGUCCGCACCUACUUCUUCAGCGCCGAGAGCUCCGAGGAGCAGGAGGCCUGGAUCCAGGCCAUGGGGGAGGCUGCCCGGGUGCAGAUCCCCCCAGCCCAGAAGUCGGUGCCCCAAGCUGUGCGUCACAGCCAUGAGAAGCCAGACUCUGAGAACAUCCCACCUAGCAAACACCACCAGCAGCCAUCCCACAACAGCCUCCCCAAGCCGGAGCCCGAGGCCAAGACUCGAGGGGAGGGUGAUGGCCGAGGCUGUGAGAAGGCCGAGAGGAAGCCUGAGAGGCCCGAAGUCAAGAGCGAGCCUCUGGUGAAAGCCAAUGGCAUCCAAGCUGGACCAGAACCAGCCUCGGAGCCUGGCAGCCCUUACCCCGAGGGCCCGAGAGUCCCAGGGGGAGGAGACCGGCCUGCCCAGCCCAACGGCUGGCAGUAUAGCUCCCCGAGCCAGCCCGGGAGCACAGCUUUCCCGCCGCAGGACUCAGAGAGUGGGGGACAGCAGCGGAGCUUCCCCCCACGGACCGACCCCGACAAAAUCGCCCAACGCAAGAGCUCCAUGAACCAGCUUCAGCAGUGGGUGAACCUGCGCCGAGGGGUGCCCCCGCCUGACGACCUUCGAAGUCCCUCUAGGUUCUACCCCAUGUCCCGCAGGGUCCCUGAGUAUUACAGCCCCUACUCCACCCAGUACCCCGACGAUUACCAGUACUACCCACCAGGGGUGCGGCCGGACAGCAUCUGUUCCAUGCCGGCCUAUGAUCGGAUCAGCCCACCCUGGGCUGUGGAGGACAAGCGCCACUCCUUCCGCAACGGAGGUGGCCCUGCCUUCCAGCUGCAGGAGUGGAAGGAGCCCCCGGGCUACGGGCGGCAGGAUGGCACCGUCUGGCUCCCCGGCCCCUCCCCCUCCCGGCAGCCCAUCUUUUACGACGAGCUGGACGCCGCCUCCAGCUCCCUGCGCCGCCUGUCCUUGCAGCCCCGCUCCCACUCUGUGCCCCGCUCGCCCAGCCAGGGCUCCUACAGCCGUGCCCGCAUUUAUUCCCCCGUCCGCUCACCCAGUGCCCGCUUUGACCGCCUGCCACCUCGCAGCGAGGACAUCUAUGCUGACCCUGCUGCCUACAUGAUGAGGCGAUCCAUCAGCUCGCCCAAGGUCCCUCCGUACCCAGAAGUGUUCCGGGACGGUCUCCACACCUACAAGUUAAACGAGCAAGACACAGAUAAGCUGCUGGGCAAAUUGUGCGAGCAGAACAAGGUGGUGAGGGAGCAGGACCGACUGGUGCAGCAGCUCCGAGCUGAAAAGGAGAGCCUGGAAAGUGCCUUGAUGGGGACCCACCAGGAGCUGGAGAUGUUUGGGAACCAGCCUGCCUACCCCGAGAAGCUGCUGCAUAAGAAAGAGUCCCUACAGAACCAGCUCAUCAACAUCCGGGUGGAGCUGUCCCAGGCCACCACGGCCCUGACGAACAGCACCGUAGAGUAUGAGAGCCUUGAGUCAGAGGUGUCCGCCCUGCAUGAUGACCUCUGGGAACAGCUCAAUUUGGAUGUCCAGAAUGAGGUGGUCAACCGGCAAAUCCAGAAGGAGAUCUGGAGGAUCCAGGACGUGAUGGAGGGGCUGAGGAAGAAUAACCCAUCCCGGGGCACCGACACAGCCAAGCACCGAGGAGGCCUCGGCCCCACGGCCACCUACAGCUCCAACAGCCCUGCCAGCCCUCUCAGCUCCGCCAGUCUCACCAGCCCCCUAAGCCCCUUUUCACUGGUGUCCGGCUCCCAGGGGUCCCCCACCAAGCCCGGGUCCAGCGAGCCCAAGACAAGCCAUGAGCAGAACAAGAAAGACCCCCACCAGACCUCACCCCUGGACACCGCUAGAGACAUCAACCUUGUGCCCACCAGGCAAGAGGUGGAGGCAGAGAAGCAGGCAGCUCUCAACAAAGUUGGCAUUGUGCCUCCUCGGACAAAGUCGCCUGCCGAUGAAGAGCUAACGCCGUUAAGGGUGGUGAGAAGGAGUGCUGAUGGGCUCACCAAUGGACUGUCCUCCCGGGAGCGCCCCAAGAGUGCCGUGUUCCCCACUGAGGGCAAGGUCAAGAUGAGUGUGGAGGAGCAGAUUGACCGCAUGCGGAGGCAUCAGAGCGGCUCUAUGAAGGAGAAGCGGAGGAGCCUGCAGCUCCCGGCCAGCCCAGCCAGCCCGGCCAGCCCGGCCCCUGACCCUGCUGCCCGGCCCGCUUACAAAGUGGUGCGCCGUCAUCGUAGCAUCCACGAGGUGGACAUCUCCAACCUGGAGGCAGCCCUGCGGGCGGAGGAGCCUGGCGGGCAGGCCUACGAGACACCAAGGGAGGAAAUUGCCCGGCUUCGCAAAAUGGAGCUGGAGCCCCAGCACUACGACGUGGACAUCAAUAAGGAGCUUUCCACGCCAGACAAAGUCCUCAUCCCUGAACGGUACAUUGACCUGGAGCCUGAUACUCCCCUGAGCCCUGAGGAGUUGAAGGAGAAGCAGAAGAAGGUGGAGAGGAUCAAGACGCUCAUUGCCAAGUCCAGUAUGCAGAACGUGGUGCCCAUCGGCGAGGGGGACCUUGUGGACGUGCCCCAGGACUCAGAGAGCCAGCUGCAGGAGCAGGAGAAGCGGAUUGAAAUCUCCUGUGCCCUGGCGACCGAGGCCUCCCGCAGGGGCCGCAUGCUGUCUGUGCAAUGUGCUACCCCAAGCCCUCCCACCUCCCCUGCUUCCCCGACUCCACCAGCCAACCCCCUAUCGUCUGAAUCCCCACGGGGCGCCGACAGCAGCCAUACCAUGCGGGUCUGAGCUCUGACUGCAAGCUCUGGCCGAGGCCAACGCCAUGAAGCCCCACAGAGCCACGUUCUGAAGGCCUCCU